CGCGCUACCAUUCGUGGCCUCAGCUGUCAAUCACCGGGUCCCGGCCGGUGAUUAUUUGCUGGCACUCGGUGAUUGCUGAGUAUUACUGACGGGGGAGAGAACUGUAUGUAAACAAUAUAGUUCUGUCAGCUCCAGCACAGUGCUUUGUAUGGCUCUGCAUAGCAGAGCCAGUGGAAAGCACAGACACAGCCCCCAUAGUGAAACAGCACACAGUUAACCCUUUGAUCACCCCAGAUGUUAACCCCUUCCUGCCCAGUGCCAUUAGAACAGCGUCAGUUCUUUUUAUUAGCACUGAUCACUGUAUUGGUGUCACUGGGGAUGUCAGUGACACCAAGUCAGUUCCCCCCAGUGUCAGAAUGCCUGCCGCAGUCCCGCUAUAACUCUCUG